UAAUAAAAUAGGAUUAGCAAACAUAAAGAAAAUGACCAUGGAUAAAUCAGAAUCAUGGGAGCUCCCUACUGCAAAUAAGUGAGCAAAAACCUCCGCUUCACUCUCAUCUGCUCCUGCAGCUGCUUCUGCUUCGCCUCGAGCUCUCAGCGACUCCGUUUCUCAAGUCAUGGCUUUGAAAUCGUUCAUCCAAGUCCACCCCGACUCCCAUUUCCCCAUCCAAAACCUUCCGUACGGAGCGUUCAAACCGGAACCUGCUGCACCGGUCCGUCUCGGCGUGGCAAUCGGCGACUAUGUCUUAGACCUCUCCGAGAUCGCCAAAGCCGGUCUAUUCGACGGUCCUAUGCUCACCGGCUCCGAUUCCUUCCUUCAGCCUACUCUCAACAAGUUUUUGGCGCUGGGACGGCCUGCUUGGAAGGAAGCUCGUGCUACACUUCAAAAGCUAUUGUCAGCUACAGAACCAACCUUGCGUGAUAAUGCAGACUUGAAGCAGAAGUCACUUGUGCCGAUGAGAAAGGUAGAAAUGGUUCUUCCUAUGGAAAUUGGAGACUACACAGACUUCUUUUCAUCUAUGCAUCAUGCAAAGAACUGUAGCAUCAUAUUUCGUGGACCUCAAAGCCCAAUUCCACCAAACUGGUUCCAUCUUCCUAUAGCAUAUCAUGGACGAGCAUCAUCUAUUGUCAUCUCUGGAACUGACAUUACUAGGCCAAGGGGUCAAGGCUAUCCAGCUGGUGACUCUCCACCAUAUUUUGGACCUUCUUUGAAGCUAGAUUUUGAACUUGAAAUGGCUGCUGUAGUUGGUCCAGGAAAUGAAUUAGGGAAAACGAUAGAUGUUAAUGAGGCAGCAGAUCAUGUCUUUGGGCUUGUCUUGAUGAAUGACUGGAGUGCUAGAGAUAUUCAGGCAUGGGAAUAUGUCCCUCUUGGACCCUUUCUUGGGAAGAGUUUUGGUACUACAAUAUCCCCUUGGAUUGUGACACUCGAUGCUCUAGAGCCUUUUGCAUGUGAGGCUCCCAAGCAGGAUCCCCAUCCAUUGCCAUAUCUGACAGAGAAGAAAUCCAAAAACUAUGAUAUUGCAUUGGAGGUUCAAAUUAAACCUUCCGGACAAAAGGAUUCUAGUUUGGUUACAAGAAGUAAUUUCAAGAACCUAUAUUGGACGGUGACCCAACAGCUUGCACACCAUACAAUCAAUGGUUGCAACCUGAGGCCAGGCGAUCUUCUUGGAACUGGGACCAUUAGUGGGCCUGAGCCAGACUCUCUUGGAUGUCUGCUGGAACUAACAUGGAAUGGACAGAAACCAUUGUCAUUAAAUGGGACACCUCGAAAAUUCUUAGAAGAUGGGGAUGAAGUAAUCUUCACUGGUUGCUGUAAGGGAGAUGGUUACAACGUUGGUUUCGGAACCUGUGCCGGGAGUACAUGCCACUCACUGGAAAUCCUCAGAGCUGAAAAUGCCAAACAAACCAUGAAACCCUCUCGCCAAUUCAGCCAUUUCGGCUACUCAUCGUCGACCACCGUCACCUUUACUUUCCACGGUGACUACUCCGAUUCUCCUCCACCUCAAGAAUCCAAAGAAAUCCCCGUCGAGACCCCUGUCCCGAUCACCGUCUACCUCCCGCAGGACAUUGCCGCCGCCAAGAUCCAAUCAGCUUACCGCGCCCGCGUUAUCCGCAACCUUUACAAGCAAAUCUCAGCCGUCAACUCCGAGGCAGACCGUCUUCAACUACUAAUCCAACGGCAGGAAACGGUAGACUCAAUCCGGAGCGACGACCGGGAGAAACUGAGGAUGAACGAGACCUUGAUGCGUCUCUUACUGAAGCUCGACUCGGUGCCGGGGAUCAAUCCGACGGUGAGGGAAGCGAGGAGGAAAGUGAGCCGUAGGGUCGUGGAGUUGCAGGAGAUCGUGGAUGGGAUUUCGGGAGCAAAACUUGACGGCGAUGACGAAUGUUUCGGACGGUGGGGUCCACGCGGGAUAUUUUCGAUGAGGAAUUGGGAUGAAGCCGUGGAGGAGAUGGAGGAGCGAUUGUGCAGAGAGCGCGGUGGUCCGGAAAUGGAGAGGUUUUGUGCUGAGUAUCUGGGGUUUAGAUGCUUACAGAGGUUUCUUCGCGAGUAGUAUUACUGAUUUUAAUCGUAUGUUUUGAACCUUAUUGUAUAAUCAUCUGUCUACGUUAAUCCAAGGGCUUCGUUCAAUGUA